AUGCCUUCCAACUUGCGCCGGUUGGCAGCAGACCAUGCUGCCCUCCACCACGAGCUACCACCGUACUACAUGCUGGCACCAGCUGACAGCCACCUCGCCGAUGACCUGUCACAGCUCGCCAUUCUCCUAGCUGGUCCGGCGGGUACUCCAUAUUCGCAGGGUCUAUGGCGAUUACAUCUCAAGAUGCCGGCAGACUACCCCAAGAGCCCGCCUAAGGCGACCUUCCGGACCAAAAUCUGGCACCCAAAUGUCGAAGAGAACACAGGCGCAGUAUGCGUGGAUACAUUGAAGCGAGACUGGCAGUCAAAACUGACCCUCCGUGAUGUCCUUGUAACAAUCUCAUGCCUCCUCAUCAAUCCGAACCCAGACUCCGCUCUCAAUUCCAGUGCAGGGAAUCUCCUACGAGAAGACUUUCAAACCUUCGCCCACCAAGCCAAACUCAUGACCUCCAUCCAUGCCCCCGUCCCACCGGACUACGCAACAGCCGUUCGAGAGGCAAAAUACAGAGGCGAAGAUCCGGACUCCAUCUCCGAGGAGGAGAAGAAGGAGGAAAGAGAGACAACAGCCCACCCCCGACCUCGCAAACACCCCCGUCUAAACACCGGAACGACAAUGAAAUCAACCCGCAGAGCUCCAACUGCCCCUCCACUCCCAACCAACCAACAAUCCUCCCACCCAUCCCAACCACCAACCGUUCUCACACCAUCUCAAGACGAAAACAUGAGCGAUAGCGAAAACGAAGACCCAGCCAGCGCAAGCAAAGAAAACAACCCCUCCCUCUCUCCAACCCCAACCCGACAAAACCAAACCCUCACCCCACCAAGCCCUCGCAAAGCCCCCGGCAAACGACCCCUCUCCGUCCUCUCCCUCCAAUACCCAGACGAAGAUGCGGAAAUGAUGAUCAUCGACACAGACGACGACCAAGACCACCACAAUAACCACCCAUCAACCUCCGACCAAAACAUAACAGCAAACACAAUUACCCACCACCCAAAUACCCGCUCCCGCUCUCGCUCCCCGCGCAAAUCUCCAAAACGCAUCUUCCUCAGCAAACAACCCCUACCACCACCCACCCCGCAAACAAUCCCCCCCUUCCGACUCAGAGAUGACCUGCAAAUCUACGAAGACGUCCCAGACCGCACUGUCUCCGAUUUCUCAUCUCGUUUCGGAACUGCUCCUGCUCUCGGGAUGCCACACAAUGUCCACGAAUUACCAAGCCCGCACCGCGGUGAUACAGCACGAGCACCUCUCCUCCUCAACGCCAAAACAGGAAUCAAGCCCAUCCCAUCCCUCACGGCUCCGAUCCAGAAGUUAGUGAAGAAGGGUCCUUCCGGCACUCGAAAGGGUGCUCCGAAGGCGAAGCCCAGGAUCGGUGUGCGGAGACUUUGA